AUGUACAUAGAUACAGUGUCCAUAGCUGGUGGCGGUAACGGCAUUGGAGGAGGUGGCUACGGCGGAGGUGGCAACGGUGGUACCACAGGCUACGGCCGAGGUGGCUACAGUGGUGGGGGAGGUGGGGGUAGAGGCCAUCCAGUGGUGAUUGUGCACCAGACCAAGGGUGGUGGUGGUGGGGGAUACGGCAGUGGUGGGGGCGGCUACGGAGGAGGGGGAGGAGGAGGACACGGCGGCAAAGGAGCGGGAAAAGCAGCCGCCCUUUGCACAGCCUGCUCCAUAUUGGCUCCUAUCGCGCUCCUAGGCUCCCUAUUACCUCUGCUGGGCUUUGGCUUUGUUACUGUGAUGACGACAACGACGGGAGGGAAAAGGAGGAGAAGAGACAUCAGCUCCGAUGUAGUCAAUGAGAAACUCAAGGAAUUCUCUCAGGUACAGGAGUACGUUCAGGAAAAUCUCGACCUUGAAGCCGAUAUGAAUCUGCAGGAGGACAUAAUAUCCAAGUACCUGAGUUGUUCCGGCAUGAUGGAUGACGAAAAUCAUUGCCUGGAGCACCUGGCGUGUUCCCUUAGUGACGUCACGUACAGCCACGUCUCUACAGAGAGGGCUGCUAUCAGCGUAAUCAUGCACACCAUCAUGGAAAACCAUCGAAUUGAUGACGGGAUAAAAGAGCGUCUUCUAGAAGCCUCCCAGGUAGGCCUACACCAUCCGGGCACCUGUCAGCGGUACACCUGCAACACAAGAGCUCUGUCUUCCUCUUACUCCAGCCCGCUGCAGGUACAGUUCUCUCCAACGAACCUUCCACCUCGAACCUAUUUUCACGAAAACGUUACCUACGGUCAUCAGGCUCAUGUCCCUGCAGAAGCGAGUGAACACGGAGAUGUACCCGCGAAAAACAAUACCCCCGAUGCCCUCCACGGACAAUUGAAUACCCAGGACGACAUUAUGUCCCACUUCGAGAAGGAACGUCGCCACGAUCGCUUACAGGGAAGUAAUAAAGUCUUUCCCCGCGGCGGCAGCGUUGGUAAGCACGAGAGUUAUUUCCACUCCUCCAGGAGUGCCACGCCCGUCAAGUCCCGACCGAAGACCUCUGCGAAGGGCGUGUCGGUUGCAUAAUGGAUGGGGUUAAUUAAGAACGUGUUGCCAGUUUCUAGUUUAGACUAGUUUGCUUAUAUGUUACCUUGGCAAAGCCAGUGUUUGGUCAAGAUAUAUAUGUAUAUACAUACAUGCAUGCAUACAUACAUA